GGCAGAGGGGCGGGAGCUGCGGCGGGAGCGGACGGGCUGGUGGGCGAGCAAGAGGCGGCGGAAUGGUGGACUACCACGCGGCGAACCAGUCGUACCAGUACGGCCCCAGCAGCGGGGGCAAUGGCGCCGGCGGCGGAGGCAGCAUGGGCGACUACAUGGCCCAAGAAGACGACUGGGACCGGGACCUGCUGCUGGACCCGGCCUGGGAGAAGCAGCAGCGCAAGACGUUCACAGCCUGGUGCAACUCCCACCUGAGGAAGGCUGGCACACAGAUCGAGAACAUCGACGAGGACUUUCGAGACGGGCUCAAGCUCAUGCUCCUUCUGGAGGUCAUUUCAGGUGAGCGGUUACCUAAGCCAGAGCGGGGCAAGAUGAGAGUGCACAAAAUCAACAAUGUGAACAAAGCCCUGGACUUCAUCGCCAGCAAAGGAGUCAAGCUGGUCUCCAUCGGAGCAGAAGAGAUUGUGGACGGCAACGCAAAGAUGACCCUGGGAAUGAUCUGGACCAUCAUCCUCAGGUUCGCCAUCCAGGACAUCUCUGUGGAAGAGACCUCCGCCAAGGAAGGGCUGCUUCUCUGGUGCCAGAGGAAGACGGCCCCAUACAAGAACGUCAACGUGCAGAACUUCCACAUCAGCUGGAAGGAUGGCCUUGCCUUCAAUGCACUGAUCCACCGACACAGACCCGAGCUGAUCGAGUAUGACAAGCUGAGAAAGGAUGACCCUGUCACCAACCUGAACAAUGCCUUUGAAGUGGCCGAGAAAUAUCUAGACAUCCCCAAGAUGUUGGAUGCAGAGGACAUCGUGAACACGGCCCGGCCCGACGAGAAGGCCAUAAUGACCUAUGUGUCCAGCUUCUACCAUGCCUUUUCGGGAGCGCAGAAGGCGGAGACUGCUGCCAACCGGAUCUGCAAGGUGCUGGCCGUGAACCAGGAGAAUGAGCACCUCAUGGAAGAUUAUGAGAGGCUGGCCAGCGACCUCCUGGAGUGGAUCCGACGUACCAUCCCCUGGCUGGAGGACCGCGUGCCGCAGAAGACCAUGCAGGAGAUGCAGCAGAAGCUGGAGGACUUCCGGGAUUACCGGCGCGUCCACAAGCCGCCCAAGGUGCAGGAGAAGUGCCAGCUGGAGAUCAACUUCAACACACUGCAGACCAAGCUGCGCCUUAGCAACCGGCCUGCUUUCAUGCCCUCCGAGGGCAGGAUGGUCUCGGAUAUCAAUAAUGGCUGGCAGCACCUGGAGCAGGCAGAGAAAGGCUACGAGGAGUGGCUGCUGAAUGAGAUCCGCAGGCUGGAGCGGCUCGACCACCUGGCAGAGAAGUUCCGGCAAAAGGCCUCCAUCCACGAGGCCUGGACCGACGGAAAGGAGGCCAUGCUGAAGCAUCGGGACUACGAGACGGCCACCCUGUCAGACAUCAAAGCCCUCAUCCGAAAGCACGAGGCCUUCGAGAGCGACCUGGCCGCACACCAGGACCGCGUGGAGCAGAUCGCAGCAAUUGCCCAAGAGCUCAAUGAGUUGGACUACUAUGACUCCCACAAUGUCAACACCCGGUGCCAGAAGAUCUGCGACCAGUGGGACGCCCUUGGCUCUCUGACCCACAGCCGCAGGGAAGCCCUGGAGAAAACAGAGAAGCAGCUGGAGACCAUUGACCAGCUGCAUCUGGAGUAUGCCAAGCGGGCAGCCCCCUUCAACAACUGGAUGGAGAGUGCCAUGGAGGACCUGCAGGACAUGUUCAUUGUCCACACCAUCGAGGAGAUCGAGGGCCUGAUCUCCGCCCACGACCAGUUCAAGUCGACACUGCCAGAUGCCGACAGGGAGCGGGAGGCCAUCCUGGCCAUCCACAAGGAGGCCCAGAGGAUCGCCGAGAGCAACCACAUCAAACUGUCGGGCAGUAACCCCUAUACCACCGUCACCCCGCAGAUCAUCAACUCCAAGUGGGAGAAGGUGCAACAGCUGGUGCCCAAGCGGGACCACGCCCUCCUAGAGGAGCAGAGCAAGCAGCAGUCCAACGAGCACCUCCGCCGCCAGUUCGCCAGCCAGGCCAACGUCGUGGGGCCCUGGAUCCAGACCAAGAUGGAGGAGAUCGGGCGCAUCUCCAUCGAGAUGAACGGGACCCUGGAGGACCAGCUGAACCACCUGAAGCGCUACGAGCGCAGCAUCGUGGACUACAAGCCGAAUCUGGACCUGCUCGAGCAACAGCACCAGCUCAUCCAGGAGGCGCUCAUCUUCGACAACAAGCACACCAACUACACCAUGGAGCACAUCCGCGUGGGCUGGGAGCAGCUGCUCACCACCAUCGCCCGCACCAUCAACGAGGUGGAGAACCAGAUCCUCACCCGCGAUGCCAAGGGCAUCAGCCAGGAGCAGAUGCAGGAGUUCCGGGCGUCCUUCAACCACUUCGACAAGGACCACGGCGGGGCGCUGGGGCCGGAGGAGUUCAAGGCCUGCCUCAUCAGCCUGGGCUACGACGUGGAAAAUGACCGGCAGAAGCAGACAGGCAGCAUGGACUCCGAUGACUUCAGGGCUCUGCUUAUCUCCACAGGAUACAGCCUGGGUGACGCUGAGUUCAACCGCAUCAUGAGUGUGGUUGACCCCAACCACAGCGGCCUCGUGACCUUCCAAGCCUUCAUUGACUUCAUGUCAAGGGAGACCACCGACACAGACACGGCCGACCAAGUCAUUGCCUCCUUCAAGGUCCUGGCAGGGGACAAGAACUUCAUCACGGCCGAGGAGCUGCGGAGAGAACUGCCCCCCGACCAGGCCGAGUACUGCAUCGCUCGCAUGGCGCCGUACCAGGGCCCUGAUGCUGUGCCUGGCGCCCUCGACUAUAAGUCCUUCUCCACAGCCCUGUACGGAGAGAGUGACCUGUGAGGCCCCCACUGGAGAAACCCCAACCGAACGCCCCCUCCUCACAGCCUCCAGGAGGGGCUGGGGGAGCCCUCGGCCCUUCUCCCCGCUGUGGGGGCCUCCCAGGUCCUGUUCCUCUGACUCUGUAUCUAUGCAAAGCACUCUGUCAGUUCUUUCCGGGGGGUGGGGGUGGGGGUGGGGGGUGGGGUGGGCAGGGAGGGGCUAGGGCAGGCUCUCUCCUCUCUCUUUGUCUGUUGGCCCCCUCCCCCUGCAUAGAGGUGAGGGAGACUUUCGGGGUCAGCGCUUCUGGUCUGGUAAAUAUAUAUGAUGUGUUGUUUUGUUUUUUAACUGUGUGGAGGGGACCGUGGAUUCCCACAGCGAAACAGGUCCCCUCCAGGCCCUAGGAAUGCCCCCCACACUUUGUCCCUUCCCCUUGCCUACCCCCACCCACCACCACCACCAACACCACCACUACCACCACGAGGUCCCUUCAAGGCCUCCCACAUCCAGGCCAAAGCCCUACGUGCCUUGUCCAGGAACCGCCCUGGCCUGCCGUGGGCCCUGCAGUGGGCCCAGCAGAGGGCGACACAGCUGCCCUACAGGAAAGAGGACCCCGCCUUGCUCCCUUCUUCCCUCUCCCCUCACCUGCGAUUGCCAGGAGAUGAGGGGGUGCAACUCAGCACCCUCCUUUUCUGCAAUGGAGGAGUAGGGUUGGGCAGACCAGCCUCUCACCCCCACCCCCAGCCAGCCCCCGCCUUGCUUUGUCCAGACAUGUAUAUCUCUCAGAUUUUUCUAAGGACCAAAAAGCAAAAACAAAAAAACAAAAAAACAAAACAAAAAAAACAAAAAAAAAGAAAAAACACAAAACAACAAAAACAAAAAAUGCACACACAAGAAAAACCUAUAAAAAAGGAAUUAAAAACUUUCAGAGAAUUACUAUUUACUUUAUUAACUUAGGGAUUUAUUAUAUAAAUAUAUAUUCACCUAGCAACACAUCCUUGCCGCCUUCUGCUCUCAUGAUGAAGACAUAGCUGAUCUGCCGCCCUCCCCCAGCCCCUUCCCGCUUUUCCUCUCUGCCGUCUGUCAUUGGGCAUGGGUCUCUGGGGACCCUCCCGAGGUGGAGGGUGGGCUGCUGGCCUGGCCGCCUGUUAGUUGAUGGGUUUUGCUCCCUCCCCCUCCUCCCCUCUCCCCAUUUUUGAGUUUAUUCUGAUUGAUUUGAUUUUUUUUUUUUUCUCGGUUUCUGGAUAAACCACCCUUCUUGGGGACAGGAUAAUAAAACAUGUAAUAUUUUUCAGAAGGA